CGUAAAGCGCUGUAAGUCAUGGAGUGGCAUGUCUUCGUCCACUUAGACGGCCGCUGGGUGCGGGGAUCAUCAUGGAGGCGUCGCCGCAAUCAGAGCAGUGCUGAAGUGCCUUGUAAGUGGGCGUCUUUGAAUACAACCCAUCAUUUUGGACUUGCAACAGGCGAAGGGAUCCCCAAGGCAGAGGAAAAUUCAUGAUGUCUGAUUGCAGCUAGGUGCAGCAUUCUUUUCCAAGAAGCACUUGCUGCCUGCUUGUCUGAAAGUUUGUCUGGACAACACUAGCUCAAUCCUUGAGCUUUGCAUUUGCACAUAUGACUAUGCUUCUGGAUUGCAGCUGCACCAGCAUUGAAAUAAUGGCGCCUCCCCCACUGCCAAAUGAGAGCAAGAGAGAGAAUGGUGGUUCUUCAGGACCUAACACCGUCCACCCGACCGCGGCCGCCGCCCAGGCAGCGGCAGGGGCCGCCUCCUCCGCCGCGAUGGCCGGUGUCAUGCUGGCCCUCAAAGCGCUCAAAACCACCGCGGAAAGCAACGGGGGGGUGGAGCAACGCCCGCGCAGGCGCCAGGGCGAGCUCCAAAACAGGGGGAAGAAUGCGGUCGGCGAGCCUGAGGGGGGGCCUGCGGCGGGUGUGAAGAGGCACCGGAAGAAACGGAACGGCGCAGGGCAGGGGGUGCGGUUGGACGUCCCGAUGGGGGGGCUCGAAGGGCCGAUGGUUUCGCUCCAGGGGGGUCCGCCGGGGCGGUUUCAGAGCUCGUCGAAGGCGCUCGCGGGCCUGCCCAAGGGGGGGUCCUUGGAGAAACCGAAACGGGGGGGAGGUGCGCAGGGGAGUGAUAGCGGCGCGAGCAGAAGAGAGGGAUUAGGGUUGGGAAGCAUCGACCGAGGAGAAGGGGGGGCGCAACGAUUUGAUACGCAGCGUCCGGAGAGGACGGAUGAAGAAAGCGGCCAGGCAGGCAGUCCCGCCGAAAGGGCGGCCGCGCCGUCUUCCGCCAUUCUACAAGCACCCCCCGUCGCUGCCAAAGCAAGUUCGCCUGAGAUUCAUAAAGAGCUUGGGGACGCCAAUGUGCAAUCACAACGGGGGGGGCAGGAUGCAGACGGGGUGCAGAUAGAGGACCCCCCCGGAGUGGGAGAGGGAUACUUGGGCAGCAGCGGCAGUGCAGUGGAGGGGCUCAGCGAGCGGAGCACAAGCGAUAGUAGUCUAGCGGAGGCCCGGGGGGGCUGCUGGACGCCAGGGAAGAAACACACAGAUGAGGAUGAUUCGUCAGAAUCGUGGAGGAAACGCAAGCGGCACUUCUUCAUCCUGAGCAAUGCAGGGAAGCCCAUCUAUUCAAGGUACGGCGACGAACACAAACUGGCUGGGUUCUCUGCGACGUUGCAAGCAAUCAUGUCAUACGUGGAGAACAGCAAAGACACGAUACAUAGCAUACGCGCUGGCGCCCACAAGAUAGUCUUCAUGGCCCGGGGUCCCAUCUACCUGGUUGCAAUCUCAGCAACCGGCGAGCCUGAGUCCAGCCUCCUCCGCAAACUAGACCUGCUGUACGGCCAACUUAUCUCGAUCCUCACCGACUCAAUCGAGCGCACGUUCCGGCGGAACCAAAAGUUUGACGUGCAUUCCCUGCUGGGCGGAACGGAACCGGUCUUUGCAUCUCUGAUGCACGUUUUCAGCUGGGACUAUGCUGUCCUGCUUCGUGCCUUCACGUGCCUCCCCCUCCCUUACGCCGCGCGUCAGGCCGCAGGCGUCGCCCUGCAAGAGAUCGCCUCCCCGGGGCUUGUGUUCGGCCUUCUUCUCGCUCCAGCGGGCAAGAUCAUCAGCCUGGUUGCCCCACGGCGGACCCCCCCCCACCCGGACGACGUGCUCCUGCUGUGCAACUUCGUGGGCGCCUCGGAGUCGUUCCGGACGUCCGAGAGCUUCGUACCGCUCUGCUUGUACCGGUACAACCCGUCCGCGUUCCUGUACGCGUAUGUGGGCUACCUGGAGCCGGAGGUGUGCCUCGUCCUGCUGACGUCACAGCAGGACGGCUUCUUCCACCUCAAGGAGUGCAGGGCGCACAUUGAGCAGUCACUACGCAUCACGGGCGUAUUCCGAGAGGUGGCCGCCGCGGUGACACGUGGCGGCCUGCGAGUGGAGGAGGUUCCGAGCGCGAGCGCGGCUGCGCAGAGGCGGCUCGCGGCGGGUACAGAAACCGGGGAGGGCAUCGGGAGUCUGCCGUCUUCUCGUUCUUCCAUAACAGCGUCCAAUCACACGCUGCGGCAGAAACAGACGGCCUCAGGCGAUGCCAGCACAAGCGGGCGUUGGGGGCCAGGGCGUUCGCGGGACGAGGGUUUAUCCGCGGGUUUGGGUGGCCCGGCAGGGAUAUGGCACUUUCUGUACCGGCACACGGCGGUCGACCAGUACCUAGCGUCCGAGUACUCUCCCCCGCUUGAAACUAGAGCCGCACAGAAACGAGUCUUUCAAACCUAUCAGCGGCUGCUUGCGUCAAUGCAAGGGGACGGGGCAAAGUCGGGGCCGCAUCGGAUGCAGUACCGGCGGGACAGCGAGUUCGUGAUGCUGGCAUGGAGUACCAGCGACUUCGACUUUUAUGCCGUCUUCGAUCCGUUGGCUGACAAGGAUGCGGCGAUUGCGGUAUGCAAUCGAGUGUGCACGAGCAUCCGGCAAAUUGAGGGCGACCUCUUCCAGACCGGGCCCGUGCCACUAGCGUGGUAAUAGCACGCAUAGAUACCCCUGGCUGGGCCGUCAAGUUGGUCGCCAAACUACUUGCGUUAAGAUUGAUAUGCUUCUUGGAAGAUUGGUUCGCGAAUGAGAGGGACAAAACGUCCGGCCUCUCUACUUUGAGCUUAGCUAAACAAAUGAGUAACGUGCAUUUACUCUUGGGUCGGGGCCUGAUCAGCAUGGACCAUGGAUGUUACAUCUGAGAUGAGAUCACUGAUGAUCAUUGGUCGGAUUGUCGGUCGGAUUGCAGGAGUGCGCGCCGCGUUUUAGAACUUCGCAAGAAGACCUCACUAACCCCCCGGAUUCAGAGGUAUCAUCUGACAUGAUGGUGCAAGUUUCAC